UCUCAAAUCUCCGCCCUUUUCACAUUAUCAGAGACACCUCCAGCUCCAGUUCAGGCUGUUUCUUGGUUUCUUUUAUUUUUAUGAAUUACUAGACGAUUCAGACGUUAGCGCACAAUUUCUUUUUAAAAAGUUCACAGACAAACUGAUGAGUAAAGUGACUGAAAAAGUCGGUGAAUUAAUCAGGACUUCAUUCGGGACAAAAAAAAGCGCGCGCUUCGGAUUCAUCUUCUGAUCCAGAUCUGCACAAUGUCCGGGGGUGGAUACAUGGAGGUGGACAGCUGGAAGCCUUCACGGCAGUGUGGUGCGGUCUUUAUCGAUCAGCACACAGACACGCUGAUACAGAGAGCCUGUACUGUGGAACCCAUACUGGACAAACUCCUGAGCCUGAACAUCAUCAAUAACGAGGAGUACCAAAACAUCAGAGCUGAGACAACACCUCAGAAACAAAUGAGGGAACUUCUGAUGGGGCCCAUGAGGUCCAGGGGAGAUUCAGCAAAGCAGGCGUUGUACAACACUCUGAAAGAACAGCAGCUGCACAUGAUGGAGGACCUCGGAGCUGCUUAACAACUCCACAUGACUCAGAAAUGAGGCGAAAAACGUGGGCUAUGUUGUUGGUGAAGAAAAGCAGACAAUAAUUACACAAAUGAACACUGGACUUUCUCUUGCUUUAUCACAGAACACAGCCAACGUUCCUGUCCAGUCGUCCUGAGGGAAACUCAUCAGACGUACACUCUGUAGGUUCCCUUUAAAGUGCACUAAAAUAAUUAUGCCUACAUACUGAUUAGCACAGCUCUAAACAGACUAACUAACUAACUAACAGUAAGUAUGCUAACAUAAACACACAUGCUAAUAAGUAAACAAAACUGAAAACUAGUGUUAGGCUGAUUUAAAUAACUAGCAUAAGAAAAGGCUAAUGUACAAACUAGCAAUAAAGUAAACAGACUAAGUAAACUAACGUUAAUAAGAAAGUAAAUAUGCCUACUGACAAACUAGCAUCCCAGUAAACAUGCUAAUGUACAAACUAGUAGUAAAGCAGGUAGAUUAACCAAUAAACCAUCAUCAGUGAAUGACCCAUGAUUCCGUUAUCAGUGAAUUUAUUAACAUUUAAGACUUUAAAGAUAUUUCUUCUUGUGAGCAGCAAAGUGUCCAGGAUUCAUCACUGCUUAGAAAAACAAAACAAAAAACAAUCAGUUAGAACAAAAGGAACUGUCUUAUAUAAUAAAUACAUUUUAUACAGUAAGAAUAUAUUCACUGACCACAGUGCAGGCUACUCUAGAUGGACUCCAUCACACGUGUCCUUCGAGUCAAUUAGCCUUAGUGUGAAGAGAGUGGAGAGAAAAAUGCAAAAACAUUUUCAAUGGAAACAAGUCAAACUUUACAGAGCGGCUAUUUGGUCAGCGGCUCAUGUAGUGUUUUUGAUAACAAAAUAAAAGUCUCACUGUUUUUUGGAGCGCAGAGCUUUUCUGGCCUCGCGAGCUUCGUUCUCGGCGUAAAUUUUCUUGUAGCAGUAAAUCAGCACCCCGAUCAGCCACAGCUGCAGAAACACAAUGAUGACGUACAUCAUGAUCUCUGAAAUCACCGCCGUCAGCUCACGAUUAGCUGAAGAGAGAGAGAGAUAAAGUAAAAUGAUGAAAUGUCUCAGACAGAUCAGGUGACUCUGCUCCAGGAACACGGUUCUUCAAACGAUGUCUGAAGACCUCCCUUUUCCUGAAGCACUUAAACUAGCUCUUAACUUUCCCUGUUUUUAUGUAUUGUUACAUGUUUAAAAAAACACCAAUUUUAGGCUAAUGGAAUCUUAAGUCUGUAAUCUACUGACCCAGUGUUAAUGUAUUCACUGAUAGAGACUUAAAGCACGUUUGUAUAUCGUGUUACUUUAUCCUGCGUGUGGAUCUGAGAAACUGUGCGAGAGAGAUCGCAACUAUCAUGGAGACGCAGGUUCGAACCCUGCUUUGGGCGGAGUCUCCUGAUCGUUACAUCGUGUUCCUGCAAUUAAAAGCUUUCUAGAAUGUACAUGCCCCGCCUCCAGGGGCGUGUCUUACUGCUCAUCAAACAUGGUUUGUCUUCACACAUUUUACAUCUGGUUAUAAAUAUUUGCAUUCCAUUUGUUUUAUAAAAAUCUCAUGUAGAUAAAAUAAUUGUAUUUUUA